CCGCAGCAGGGCGCUGCUUCCGCACAGGAGAGUCCUUGUGCAACACCGAAACUCUUCCCCUGGUGGUGAAGGAAACAGCAGAGAGGCGGCUGUUGGCAGACUGUGUUAUAAUGUCGGGCAGAAAGCCCCGGUCUGUGGCAAACCCUCUGGAGUCUGCGAUCACCACACCGAGUGAGAGGAUACUGAAAGAAUGCCACACUUUAUAUGUCGACAGCGAAAACGGCCUGGUGAAGAUUGCCAGCAGCCUCGGAGUUCGGCUCCUGCCUCCCAGAAAGAAGAUCAUUGUGAUGAUAAUGGGGAACCACUCUGCAGGGAAGAGCUCCUUCAUUAACUGGUAUGCUGAGGAGCACAUACAGAAAGCAGGCGUCGCCAUUGAAACGCAGGGAUUUACGUUCAUCACAAGUGGUCGCAAAAGAGAAUCAUUGACGGGCAAUGCAACCCUACAUCUCUACCCUCACUUUAGACCAAUCCUUGAGUUCAAAGGUGUCAUGGACUAUCUGUCUGCUGAGAUCUCCACUUCCAAGCAGAAGAAGUUCAGUCUGGUGACAUUUGUGGACACACCAGGUUUGGUGGACGGAGACAUGGUCUACCCUUUUGAUGUCAACAGCGCCAUCAUCUGGUUGGGAGAACAGGCGGACUUGGUAUUCGUGUUCUUCGACCCGAUGGGCCAGGCGCUCUGCAAACGCACACUCAACAUCGUGGAGAAGCUGAGUGAGAAAUGUGGAGACAAACUGUUGUUCUACCUCAGCAAAGCAGAUGAAGCUGGGAAAGACACAGACCGACAGAGGGUGAUGAUGCAGAUAGUCCAGGAGCUGUGUCGCCGUCCAGGUCUCAACAAAUGUGGUUUUGAUAUGCCUACAAUAUACAUCCCCAACCCACAGAAGCCGAGCCGCUGUGUGAACCAGAUCGAUGGGGUGUGUCUGACCAUUGAGAAGACCAUCAACCAGGCUGUUCAGAAGACUUUGGAUCAUCUGGAGAAAGACUGUGACCUUAUUUGUUCCACCAUCAGCAGCAGGCUGGAGCAGGACAGGGCGGAUGUGUCUCACAACAAAAGCGUCCGUCUUCACUCGUUUCUGUGUGGCGCUCUGGGUAUUUUCCUUCCCGCCCUCUUCAUCCUCAGUUUCCUUGUGAACACCUUCUCCACCGAACAGCUGGACGAGUUGUUGGGUGAAAGGCCGGCUCGGACCCUCUUCAUCUUCACAGGAAUAGUCAUUUAUUUAUGGGACUGGAUACCAGAAGAUGGACAAGUAGUGUUUGUCAUCAUUUUUGGAGCUUUUUGCUACCUCCUGCUUUUCCUAGCAAAGUAUUUUGCAGGCCGAGGGAAUAAGACUCUGACGAAGAAGGAGAAGAGGACGAUGGCAGAGUACAGUGAUUAUAUCCAGGAUAUUGUCAAAACUAAGAAGGGGACAUUGUAUGAAUGGUACCUCCAGCAGUGUGCAGCAGAAUAUGACUUCUGAAGCUGAACACAGUCCACAGAGGUACGUCGAUAUAUUGCGACACGGCUUUUGUGAAAAGCGGCUCAGCUGCCAUGGUGGAUCAUUUGGUGUUUUCUAGUGGAAUCAGUGGGACUUUCUAAACAGAUGAUCAGGUUCUCUCUCUCCUCAGUCGGGCAGGUGUAACCUGUAAAUGCAGCAGAUAUCACUGCCAACAUUUAUCAUCUCAAGAGCUUCGAUUUAAGAUGAAGUGCCUUUAUUAGUCAGUACAAGAGAAGCUGUGAUUGUAGUUGUUUGAUGAAAACAAAUUUAAUAAUGUGAAUAGAUACUUGUAUUUUUCGUAAUACAUAAAAGUUGAUGCAGAAAGAAGUGUUUACAAACUGUUU